CGAUAACUGUAGAGGCGAAUACCGCACUGAGUUCAAUGAGCCGGACACGACAGGAUCGAUUUGAGUUUUGCAAGGCGUUGGCGGGGUGUUGGUGGUAGGAGGUAUCGGACUGGUUUUAUUACCUACGAGAAACCUAAAAUGACAACGUCAAAAGUAAAUGUGUUAAUCUGCGGAGGCGGAAAUGCUGCUCACGUGGCCACAGGUCUCGCUGCUUCUCGCGAGAGUUUGCGCACCAGCGUGCUGACGUUGUAUAGCGAUGAAGCGGAAUGCUGGGCAAACAGUUUGAAAACAAAUGACUUCACUACACUUAUAUUCAAUCCAGACGGAAGCAAAACUGCAAUUAAAUCAAAACCCGAACUCGUCACGAAAGAGCCAGCUGACUGUGUGCCAACAGCAGAUAUUAUCAUAUUCACCAUGCCAGCAUUUGCACACGAAACCUACCUCACUUCCAUCGAGCCAUACAUAAAAGAAAACACAACCAUAGUUGGUCUUCCGGGACAACCUGGCUUUGAGUUUCAGUGUUUCUACAUACUCAAAUCCAAGGCAAAACAGUGCACAGUUAUGUCCUUCGAGACCUUACCUUGGGCUUGUCGUAUUUCUGAAUUCGGUAAAAGCGUGGACCUUCUGGGUAUCAAGCAGACGCUUUCGGCAUCCUUCCUCAAACAACAGAGCAGACCUAACUACAAUCCACUUGAAAUUCUGCAGACAAUAAUGGGCGAAAAGCCGGUGUUGAGACUUGCUGACAACUACCUGGAACUCAGUCUAUUCUUUGCCAUGGUUCACCCAGCCCUGAUGUACGGCAAGUGGAAAGACUGGGAUGGGGAACCGGUGCAGGAGAAGCCAUUGUUCUAUCAAGGGGUGGACGACGUGCAGGUGAGGUAUGUGGACGGCAUCAGCUCAGAGAUGGUGCAAACAGCCAGGACGAUCAUGGCCAAGAGGCCACACGUAGAUCUCUCGGGCUGCAUCCAUAUAUUCGACUGGUUUAAGAAGUACUACAGUCACACCAUCGCUGACAACAGCAGUCUCCUCUCCUGCAUGAGAAGCAACAGUGCAUAUGAUGGACUGACACAUCCCAUGAAGGUGGUUGAAGGUGGGAGAUUUGUCCCCGACUUCCACUACCGUUAUCUGUGUGAAGACAUUCCGUUUGGACUGGCGGUCACAAAAGGUCUGGCUGAAAUUGCCGGUUACGACACUCCGAUAACAGACGAGGUAAUGCUGUGGUGCCAAGAGAAGAUUGGUAAGGAAUAUCUGGUCGGCCAUCAGCUACAAGGCAAAGAUUUGGCCGAUACAAGGGCCCCACAAAGAUUUGGAUUCCAUACUCUAGACGACCUGGAAGCUUUGAUGUGAUGUCAUUCAAUUACUCAAUAUAACUAAUACAUAUCCUGAUUAAGUAUCCCAACUGUUUCCGUCAGUAGAUUUAACUAAAGCCAGUGUUAUUUCUUGUCUAGGUGACCUUUAGUUCGACUAAUCAAAACUGCGGGCAAAAUCGCUGCAUGAAAGUCACGACAGAACUGUAGAACUGAUCACACUCGUGUCCAAUUUCAAUCAUAUUCAUUGAUUAUCCUUUACUAAAUUUAUAAAUAUGCUCAAUAAAUA